GCAACAAAAUACAGUCUCAUGGAUGAUCGAUUCAAGAUUACUGUACUCGUAGUGCAGUUUGCUGUUUUAGAAAGUUUGAUUGUUUACCUUGUUGUUUUUCUCCGUCUUAAUUUCUUCCAAAAUCAUAAAACCGUUUAAAACAAUUCUGCGACCUUUUAUCAUUCGUUACCCUUAGUGUCCUUACAGUAAUACGGUUAGAGCUUCUUAGCUGGAUUGUGUUGGCUGUGUGUUUGUGGGAAACUCGAAGAGACAACACUUGGCUACAGCUUUUAGCGAAUCACAGCAUUACAACUAGCUGCUAGCAUCAUGUCUGUUGCUGGUUUGAAAGAUACAGUUACAGACCUCUUCUCGGGGAACCCAUUUGCCACCGAAGUGGGACAUAGGAUCGAACAAGCGACAGAUCCAAAAUUGGGAGCCGAAAACUGGGCCCUCUUUAUGGAAAUAUGCGACCUUGUCAACGAAAACGAAGAAUCGGCAAAAGAUGCUGCCAGAGCCAUUAAAAAGAGACUUAACAAUACUGUGCAAACCAAGGAUUUCGAGGCGACUCUGCUAACUUUAACGGUGUUGGAAACGUGUGUCAAAAACUGUGGAAAGCGUUUCCAUGUUCUUAUCUGCAGCAAAGACUACAUUUCGGAGAUUGUCAAACUUAUUGGGCCAAAAUUCGAGCCACCGGUGAUUCUGCAGGAGCGGGUGCUGGGAUUAAUACAGAACUGGGCAGAGACUUUUCGCAAUUCUCCAGACCUGCAUGGUGUUACUGAAGUGUAUAACGAGUUGAAAGGUAAAGGCGUGGAAUUCCCGGUGUUAGAUCUGGAAACCAUGGCCCCGAUAAUUACGCCACAGCGGACCGUUGCCCCACAACCACAGACCGUUCAAACACCGCGCAGGACGUCGCUCAAUACGCAACAGCAACAACAAAUGCAACCGCAAGGCCCGCAGCAAACCCGACUCCAAGAAAGUGCAGCAGUAUCGUUCAGUGCUGGACCGGUCAAUAUGACGCCCGAACAACUGGCUAAACUGCGAGGAGAAGUGGAUAUUGUUAAAAGCAACAUGCAGGUCUUUUCGGAAAUGUUGGGUGAAAUGAAACCAGGCCAAGAAGAACCCGAGGAUCUGCAGUUACUUAUGGAUCUCCAUACGACAUUGCGUUCUAUGCAGGAUCGCGUCGUCCAGUUGCUGACUUCGGUUAGCAACGAGGAAGUGACCGGAGAGUUGCUGGUCGUGAACGACGAGAUGAAUGCUUUAUUCAUGCGGUAUGAGCGCUACGAACGCCAGCGCAAAGGAGCAUCCUCUGUGCAGUCCCGUGCGUUGCCGCAGCCUCCGCAGCAGUCUUUUGAACCAUCCACGCUUAUUGACUUUGCGGAAGGCAACAGGAGCCAGUUGAAUGACAUGCAGAACCAGAUGAGCUCAAUGGCGAUUGGAAGAAAACCACAGCCGCAACCGCCGGCAACAGAUCAAGAUCCGGCUGCUGAUUUUGGUGCUUUCGCUCAGAGCCGAGUUGCUGUUCAUUCCCAACAAGCCACAACACCCACACCAACGUCCGAGUUGCCUAAAGACACUGAGUUGGAAGAAAUGGAACACUGGCUAAAAUCACAGCCCGAGCAGGCAGCUCGCGGUCCUUCACAAGCUCCAGAACGCCCAACUUUGACCAGUGCGGAGUUUGACCGAUUCCUUGAGUCCCGUGUGGCCGCGGCUGAACAACUUCCCAGCAUUAAUACAAAUAACAGAGCCACGAGUGAACAAGCCCCGAAGCACGAAACCUCCCACCUUUUGGAUUCGUAAUUCAAAUAUUGGAUCAGCGAGUCUGACUCUGGUUGCAGUAAUUAUUCAAGUAUCAGUUCUAUUUCUGUAAUUAAUUUGAUGACCCGUAUGUGUGUUUUGCUCGAUAUCUUUCAGUUUUGCCCGUUGCCGCUUGGUAGAUUAAUUAUCUUCAAUUUUUACCAUGUUUUAAUUAUUUUGACAACUUGGUCUAGACAUUUCACUGCUCUUCCCUUUUUAUCGUUUGCACAUUGGCAGCUCUGAAUUUCUGGCUCGUGACUGAAGAAAAUGUAGAUGUUUUUUAUUCCUAAUUCUUGCUAAAUUCCGGUUUUCCGAUUUCUCUACUGCACCAUGCAUCCUAGAUGAUUCUUUUACCUACGCUAUCGCGAUUGUGAAUACCAAUAAAACAAGCUUGCACUA